UAGUAGAAUAGUGGUAAAUAAAGCAAAUGUAACCUGAUGAUAGAUGGCAAAGACCUUCUUGCAGUGUCCAAAAUUGCAACAGCCUGUGAAAGAUCAUACAAGACCGGCAGCAUCGUCGAACUGAAAUGGUCUCCCGAAGAACUACCUCAGCAACAAUGAGACUGUUAAACAAGACUGUAUAUGAAACGACUUUAAUAAAAUUGUUGUUGAUCAUUUUA